UCUGGCUGUCCAUACAGCCCAGGCAGGAGUCAUGAAGGUGUGCCAGCCCCUGUGUCAGUCACCUUAUAAGCAGAUUUUCUGAGACCUGCUGACAGCUAUGUGAAUGACCUUGGAAGUGGGUUGUCACCAGUCAAGCCUUGAGAUGACUGCAGCCAUGACCCACAGCUUGACUACAACCCGUGAGAGACACUGAGCCAGGAACACCCAGCUGACGUGCCUCCAGACCCCGACCCACAGCGACUGUGAGACAAUCAGUGUUUGUUGCCUUAAGCCACGAAGUUUGUGAUAAUUUGUUUCUCGGCAACAGAUAACUAAUACAGAGCCAGAAGCAGAUCACCUCAGUGAAGGUCACACUGCAGCGCUAUUGAUUUCUAAAGACUCAUGUUACGUGAGGAAGCAGCUCAGAAGAGGAAAGAAAAGGAGCCAAGCAUGGCUCUUCCUCAGGGACACUUGACUUUUAGGGAUGUGGCUAUAGAAUUCUCUUUGGAGGAGUGGAAAUGCCUGGACCCUGCGCAGAGGGCUUUAUACAGGGCCGUGAUGUUGGAGAACUACAGGAACCUGCAUUCUGUGGAUAUCUCUUCCAAAUGCAUGCUGAAGAAGUUCUCGUCAACAGGGCAAGGCAAUACAGAAAUGGACACAGGGACACUAGAAAGACAUGAAAGUCAUCACAUUGGAGAUUCUUGCUUCCAGAAAAUUGGGAAAGAUAUUCACGACUUUGAGUUUCAGUGGCAAGAAGAUGAAAGAAAUAGCCAUGAAGCAACCAUGACAAAAAUCAAAAAGUUAACUGGUAGCACAGACGGAUAUGAUCGAAGGCAUCCUGGAAACAAGCCUAUUAAAGAUCAGCUUGGAUUAAGCUUUCAUUCGCAUCUUCCUGAACUCCAUAUAUUUCAGACUGAAGGGAAAAUUGGUAAUCAAGUUGAGAAGUCUAUCAACAAUGCUUCCUCGGUUCCAACAUCCCAAAGAAUUUCUUCUAGGCCCAAAAUCCAUAUUUCUAAUAACUAUGAAAAUAAUUUCCUCCAUUUGUCAUUACUCACACAAAAACAGGAAGUGCACAUGAGAGAAAAAUCUUUCCAAUGUAAUGAGAGUGGCAAAGCCUUUAAUUGUAGCUCACUCUUAAGGAAACAUCAGAUAAUCUAUUUAGGAGGGAAACAAUAUAAAUGUGAUGUAUGUGGCAAGGUCUUUAAUCAGAAGUGAUACCUUUCAUGCCAUCAUAGAUGUCACACUGGUGAGAAACCUUACAAGUGUAAUGAAUGUGGCAAGGUUUUUAAUCAACAAUCAAACCUUGCAAGUCAUCAUAGACUUCAUACUGGAGAGAAACCUUACAAAUGUGAAGAAUGUGACAAAGUUUUUAGUCGCAAAUCAAAUCUUGAAAGACAUAGGAGAAUUCAUACUGGAGAGAAACUAUACAAAUGUAAGGUUUGUGACAAGGCUUUCAGGCGUGAUUCACACCUGGCACAACACACUAGAAUUCACACUGGAGAGAAACCUUACAAGUGUAAUGAGUGUGGCAAAGCCUUUAGUGGGCAGUCAACACUUACUCACCAUCAAGCAAUCCAUGGUAUAGGGAAACUUUAUAAAUGUAAUGAUUGUCACAAAGUCUUCAGUAAUGCUACAACCAUUGCAAGUCAUUGGAGAAUCCAUAAUGAAGAGAGAUCUUACAAGUGUAAUAAAUGUGGCAAAUUUUUUAGACGUCAUUCAUAUCUCGUAGUUCAUUGGCGAACUCAUACUGGAGAGAAACCUUACAAGUGUAAUGAGUGUGGCAAGACCUUCAGUCAGACGUCAUCCCUUGUAUGCCAUCAUAGACUUCAUACUGGAGAGAAACGUUACAAGUGUAAUGAGUGUGGCAAGACCUUCCAUCACAAUUCAGCCCUUGUAAUUCAUAAGGCAAUUCAUACUGGAGAGAAACCUUACAAGUGUAAUGAAUGUGGCAAGAUUUUUAAUCGAUUAUUGGGGGCAACCCUUGCACGUCAUCAUAGACUUCAUACUGGAGAGAAACCUUAUAAGUGUAAUGAAUGUGGCAAUGUUUUUAAUCAACAGGCAACCCUUGCACAUCAUCAUAGACUUCAUACUGGAGAGAAACCUUACAAAUAUGAAGAAUGUGACAAAGUUUUCAGUCGCAAAUCACACCUUGAAACACAUAAGAGAAUUCAUACUGGAGAGAAACCUUACAAAUGUAAGGUUUGUGACAAGGCUUUUCGGAGUGAUUCACACCUGGCACAACAUACUAGAAUUCACACUGGAGAGAAACCUUACAAGUGUAAUGAGUGUGGCAAAGCCUUUAGUGGGCAGUCAACACUUAUUCACCAUCAACAAACUCAUACUGGAAAGAAACCUUACAAAUGUGAUGAUUUUGACGAGGCCUUCAGUCAAGCUUCAUUUUAUGCAAAACAUAGGAUAAUUCAUAUGGGAGAGAAACAUCACAAGUGUGAUGAUUGUGGCAAAGCCUUUACUUCACAUUCACAUCUCAUUAGACAUCAGAGAGUCCAUACUGGACAGAAAUCUUACAAAUGUCAUUAGCAUGGCAAGGUCUUCAGUUAGAGGUCACUCCUUGCAAAACAUCACAAAAUUCAUUCUUGAGAUAAUUGUUCCAAAUGCAAUGAGUAUAGCAAACCAUCAAGCAUUAAUUGACAUUAGAGUCAAUUCAGCAUUGACUUGAGUUUGAGUUGACUUGACAUUGAGUUCAAGCAUUAAUUGACAUUAAAGUGUUUACGUUAAGAGGAUUGGGCUGGGCAGGGUGGCUUACGCCUGUAAUCCCAGCACUUUGGGAGGUCAAGACGGAUAGAUCACUUGAGGUCAGGAGUUUGAGACCAGCCUGGCCAACAGACAUGAGCCACUUUUCCUAGCCUGUUUUUUGUUUCUGAUAGGGAUUUUUAUGGGUAUUGUGUUGAAUCUAAAUCACAUUGGGUUAUAUAAUCAUUUAACAAUAUUAAUCAUUCCAUCAAUAUGGGUCAUAUUUCUGUUUAUAUAUGUUUGUAAUCAUUUUGAUCAAUGUUUGUAGAUUUCAAGGUACAAAUUUCUCACCUUUUUACGUUUAUUCCUAAAUAUUUCUUACUGUAAGUUCUCUAGCAAAUGGAAGUGUUUUCUUAAUUUUCUUUUAAAAUUGUUUAUUGUUAAUGUGUGGAAAUUUAAUUUUUGGUGCUGAUAUUGUAUUCUGCAAAUACACUGUGUUUAUUAGUUUCAGUAGUAUUUUAGUUGACUCUGUGAUUUUCUACAUAGCAGAUCAUGUCAUCUACAAACAAAUAUAAUUUUACUUAUUUCUUUCUGAAAAAAAUAGAUAACUAAUAAGAUAUCUACCCUGAAACCUGCCAUUUUUUGAUCCUUAUGCUCUGGGAUCUUUCUCACUACCACUGACCAACUUUUCAUAUCCUGAAGAUAUGAAGCAGUGAAAAUAAGAGAAUUCAAGACAAGCUAAAAAAAAAAAAAUGCCAGGCACAGUGGCUCAUGCCUGUAAUCCCAGCACUUUGGGUGGAUCACUUGAGGUUAGGAGUUCGAGACCUGCCUGGUCAACAUGGCAAAACCCCACCUCUACAAAAAAUACAAAAAUUAGCCAGGCAUAGUGGCACGCACCUGUAGUCCCAGCUACU